AUGGCUCCUCCCGCUGGGAUCUCAACGGAGUCUCGGCAAGAUGCUUGGUCGGGAACCCUGGAAGGCCCGGACACCGGCUUCAAGUGGAAGGUUCAGCUCUACGGGUUCAAUCUUGAAGAGUCGGAUAGGUUUUUCUUAUGGCUCAAGCGAGGGGGGCCCGAGAAUCAAGAUAACAUGAACGCGCAACGCAUGUCGUCCCCGUACUUCAAAAUUACCAAGAAAGCGGUUCCGAGUACCACAUCGAAACCCUCGACGACUACAGACCCGUCACCAUCUACGAGCGGCUCGACGGAAUCUCCAUCAGCUAUCCCCACAGCAGCAUCAUCCACGUCCACUUCGGCCAACCCGUCGUCCACCGCGCCUUCCCCGGCGAAUGACCCUGAAACAUCUACGCAAGGGACGAGUGGCUUGCCCGUGGGGGCUCAGGCAGGGAUUGGUGUUGGUGUGUCCGUCAUCGGACUAACCUGCAUUGUAUGCGCCCUGUUGUGGUACCGACACCUCAAGAAGAAGCGACAGAUCCUGGCCGACUCGCAACAAAACGGCAUGACGAACUACUCCCCCGGCAUGAGCGACGCCUGGAAGGUCCCCGGAUAUUCUCAAGGCCAUUCUCUCUACCCUCCUGCCGAACUGCGGCCCGGCCCCUCCCCCGUUGAGAUAGGGACAGGCGGGGACAUUGCCGAGAUGCCAACCCCAAGGGACUACCGUCGCGCCGAGCUGGGGAACCGGUGA